CUGGCGUGGACAAGCAGAUAUGGCGAGCUCCAGCUGUGAGGGCCACGCGGGCCAGGAGGGGGAGACGUUCCUGUACUUCGCCUAUGGCAGCAACCUGCUGACCGAGAGGAUUCACCUGCGAAACCCCUCGGCCGUGUUCUGCUGCGUGGCACGCCUGCAGGACUUUAAGCUCGACUUUGGCAAUUUCCAAGGAAAAACAAGUGAGAGGUGGCAUGGAGGUAUAGCUACCAUUUUUCAAAGUCCUGGCGAUGAAGUGUGGGGAGUAGUAUGGAAAAUGAACAAAAGCAAUUUAAGUUCUCUGGAUGAGCAAGAAGGAGUUAAAAGUGGAGUAUAUGUUGUAAUUGAAAUUAAAGUUUCAACUCAGGAAGGGAAGGAAAUAACCUGUCGAAGUUACCUGAUGACGAAUUAUGAGAGCGCGCCCCCAUCACCACAGUAUAAGAAGGUUAUCUGCUUGGGUGCCAAAGAAAACAGUUUGCCAUUGGAGUAUCAAGAGAAGUUAAAAGCAAUAGAACCAAAUGACUAUAAAGGAAAGAUCUCAGAUGAAAUGGAAGAAAUCAUCAAAAAGGGGGAAUCGAAACUGUACAGAACAUAACAGGAUCUGAGGAUUUUUCUGUGUGCAGUA